CCGAGCACCACCCAGUCCCCAUCCCCACUCCGAGUCCCCAGCUCCAAAGGCACUCCGCCGCCGCCGCCGCCAUCCAUCCAUCUCCGCCGCUGCCGCCGCCUACCUAUUCCACCCAAGAACCGUAGCCAGCGCUCGCGGAGGACACACGGCAUGGAGGAGCCGAUGUCCAGGCUCGACCACGACCUAAUGGCGGAGAUCCUCUCUCGAGUGCCCUACAAAUCACUCUGCAUCUGCAAGUGUGUGUGCCCUGCCUGGCGCGACCUCAUCGCCGAUCCGGCGAAUCGGAAGAAGAUUGUGCAGUCCCUGGCCGGUUUCUUCUACCACAUCCCGGCCGACUCUGCCGAGUCCCGCGGCUUGGCCGUCAACUACGCCGACCUGUCUGCCUUCCCUUGGUCAAGCGUGCCUUCUACCUACCCGCGCUUGCCACUACCGCCAGACAGCGCAGACUGUUUCCUCACUGUCAAGGAUUCCUGCGAUGGGCUGUUUCUUACCCGGAUUGGGAGGGGCACGCCGGAGCCACAAUUUGGCUACAUGGUCUCCAAUCCAGCUACCAGUGAGUAUACUCUGCUGCCCCACUCUGGCUACGCCGGCAACUGCUGUGGCUCUUACUUGGGCUUCGACAGUGGUGUCUCCACUCAAGAGUUUCAUGUGUUCGAGUUUGUGAUGGGAUGGCCAGACCAAGACCAGGAUGGGGUUCCCCCGGUUGUCACAGGACUCAACAUUUACUCUUCCCAAACUGGUGCAUGGGUAGCAAUGGAACCCAAAUGGGACAUCCAAGUUAGCUUGUGCGACGGUCAACUUGGAGUUUUCCGUGGGGGGUGUUUGCACCUGCUCAUACAUCUUGAUGGGCUGGCAAUUGUUGAUGCACAAGGGCUAAAAUGGAGGACCAUCCCCGUGCCAAAUUUCAUCGAUCCGAGUUUCUCGGGUUUCAUCGGAAAAUCUGCAGGACAACUGUUUUAUAUCAACUCUGACGACAGUGAAGAAGGAUAUGGCUCGACCUCAUUCUCAACUAUAUCUGUCUACGUUCUCGGUAGCGGGAUCUAUAACUGGGAUGCAUCUUAUUUGGACGACGGAUGCACGCAUUGGAUAUUGCUGCACAAGCUUUCAGAAGUGAUUCCAAAGGAGAAUUUUUGUCUCGGCUGGGACCUCAAAGUCGUCGGAGUACACCCACAUGCCAAUAUCAUCUUUAUGGCUGAUUUCAACAAUAAUGAACUGUUGGCAUAUGAUUUGGAUCAUCGUGAAAGUACAGCUGUACACCACAUUGAGCGGACCUACCUCGCGCAUGAGCAAUAUUUCCCAUAUGUGCCGCUGCUGUCCAGCCUACGGCUGGCAACUCCCAGUUGAUGAAUAUUCCACUGAUUGAGAAUGGGAAGCCAUGGACGAGGUGCUCAGUUGGCCGUUGCGUUUUCAAGUGAACUGUUCACAAAGAUUCAAACGGAGAUGAUGUAUUGUAUGAGACAUUUCCGUGUGUAACUCUAUUGGCUAAGCCAGAAUUAUUUAUCUUCUACUAUGGAUGUGUACAAGACACUUGAUGUUUGCAUAUGUGUGCACCAUGUAAUGUGAUCAUGCUAGCUCAAAAGGUUGAGAAAGAGAUUGCAGAGAGGAUCCUCAGGAAACUUCUAUUGAAGCUCCGAAGGUUGUACUGAUUUUCCUCUUGGCCUCACACAUAAGUGCGGAAUAUAUUCAGUCAGAUAUGCAUAUAACCUUGCCAGAUCACAACUACUCUGGAAAAAUCAAAGUGAUGAUGCUAAAAUUAGCAUGGUCAAAUCAGGGGACUAUGGAAAAAGCUUGGAGAAAACUAUUGAGAAUUCAAUGCCCUAACUAGAUGAAGUUGGUUUUAUUCAUGUGCGAUCAACCCCAACAAGGUAUGAUUGUCAUCUUUGUAAUCGAGAGGAAAAUGUGGAGCAUUGUUUUUUUGUAAUGCCAAUAUGUUAAAGAAAUACGGAAAGAGCAGAAAGGUUAUGGUAUUUGCCUGAAGCUUAAAUU